GUAUAUUAAACUAAAAAUGAGCAGUAAAACUCAAAUUAGUGUAUUUAAUAAUAAUAAAAAAAUGUGUGAUAGUAUUGAUCCUCAAUACCUGAAGUUGAAUGAAGAUGACGUCAUAUGCCCCAUAUGCCUAUGCAUUUUGGUGGAACCAGUGACAAUGCAAUGCAAGCACAGUACAUGCAAAAAAUGCUUCCUACAGAUCUUACAAGAGUCUACUCUCCAAUGUCCAGUCUGCAGAUGCAGAAUAGGAAAUUUUGCCCGUCGUUCAAUGAAGUCAAAAGAACUUGUCAAUACAAGACUCUGGAAUGCUAUUAAGGAGCAGUUUAUGAAGAAAUUGGACCUGGAACAGUCAAAGAACUCGCCUAAAGUUUUGUCUAGCAGUGGAACUUGUGGAUUAGAGUGUGUUGCAGUGAACACUGCCAAACCUGGAGAAAUUUUGAAGGAGUUUAAAGACCAAGCCCUGCAGUUAUUAAAGCUAAAUAAGGCAAUGGAUCCAGGCCGUCUAGAGCAGGAAAAAAAUGAUGAACACUUGGCUGCCUCUCUCAAUAAUAACCUCAACAGCCGUGCCUGUAUAACUCGCAAAGCUUCCAAGCAAAAGAGUAUAAUAGACAAAAAUCGAUACAAGGUCGGGACUCCAAAUGAUAAUGAAGCUUUAGAUGCCCUGAAAAGAAAGGGUUUUUUCACUCCUAAAAACUGCAUCAGUUCACCUCCAGACCAAGAAGAAAGUGAUGUUUCUGAUGGAAACGCAUCAGAGACAGAAAUGCCUACUAGAAAGUCUUCACGACAGCUCUUCAAAGAAAGAAGCUGCUCUUCAGCUCCAGUUAAAGGAGACCGUCGGAAUACAACAAAAGGAAGUCUGAAUGCUUGUCACUCAGCAUCUCAUAGGACCAAGAAUGAAACAUCUUCAGAUAAGAGGAAAUCUUCUACAGCAAGCCAACAGUUCCCUGGUCUCCGCAAGCGGCCUAGACUUGCCGGCACUAGCAAUUUGUCCGUCUCUUGCCAUGAAUCGAGUGGUGAUGAACUAUCAGCAUCACAAAACUUACGCUCAGACAGCAAGAUGACAUCAGAUAGAAGUAUGAAUAACAGCACUUUGAAUAAAGCUUCUUCGUCAGUUAGAAAAACCUCUAUUACAUUAACAACGAAAAAAACAGCUACUGUGAGUGCUAAGAAUAGUAACCAGAUUGGUGAAGGAACAGCUGGAGGACCAAAUGAGUCUCGAACUCCAGGCGGCGGGUCGAGUAGCACCACCAGCAGCCCUGGGACUUCAGGCCAUGGCAGUGACGUUGGGCCUCUUGCUCAGCCGACGGCUACAAGCCCUCAAGACCCACUGUCUGACGAUGUAGAGGACAUACUAGCUCUCUUCCAAGAUAUACCAAAUAAUGAGAUCUCUGCCCUAAUAGCCGAGCAAAAGGCUCUUGAGACGCAGCUCAGACAGGAGGCCGAGGAUGCUAAGCUUGCGCGACUGCUGCAGAAACAACUGUCGAGAAUAAUAGUUGACCGCACUAAAGGCUCAGGCGAGGAGUACAGCCUGCGGUGUCGUCGGGACAGAAGCUCUGCCCUCACCUCUGGAGUCUCCCGCAGAAGCGCCCAGACGACAUGUCAAGCCUGUACAACCGUCAGAAAGCGACAGUCUUCCUCACCUUGUUACUAACGUAUCGUAACCACCGUCAGAAAGCGACAGUCUUCAUCGCCUUGUUACUAACGUAUCGUUAUCGUUAGUAACGUGUUACUAACGUAACGUAACGAAUGCUCUAUAAUAUUUUAAGAAUGUGAGCCAACCAUUUCUCUAAGUUUAGUUUGGCAUCACUUCCGCCAUUAAAGAAAGGACUGAUUUAGUUAAAACUGUACGCGCUAUAAUAACGGAUACGUGUAUAUACGUUGCCUUUUUAGCUAAUGAAUAUCAAAUUAAUCGAGGUAUUUUAGUAUUAGUGCGCAUUUCAAAGCUAUGUUUUCAUUGGUUAUAGUCGCGAGCUCGCCUCUAUUCCAUGUUUCUUGAGAACAGGUAGCAAAUAGGGCGUGUAUGCGCGUGGUUAAAACUACAAAAUAGCUAAUUGUGCAAUGGAAAUAGAUUAUUGGUGUAAGGCAUUUUGUUCUAGGCCAAAGGAUAGCUAUAGACCUAGGUUACUUCUCGUAUGCUUAUCGAAUUCUCGUAUGCUUACUUAAUUCUAUAGUACAAAUAGGAAUCUCCUUUACGUAGGAAGGAUAUAACCUUAUAAUUUUCUUUGCAUGCCGGUCUGACGGAGGAUGAAUUUUUUAUUCGCCGGUAAAAAUUUACAUCAGGCAAGAAUAUAUCUCCUAUUACUAGUUGAGUAAAUCAUAUCUCUGACCCAUGCAUGGAGUGUAGAGCAACGUGGGUAUUGGUUAAUCAAGGAGAAAUAGCACAUGUAAUUUAUAUUCAACCAAAACAUAAAAAUAGGCCACAUCUCUACCGUAAAAUUAUAUAUUACAAUGCAAAAGGGGUUUAUUUAAAGCUUUUAAAGGACA